AUUGUUUCCCGGCUCUCUGGGCUAGAAAAACCAAGCGUUUUUAACCUCCAAUUUGCCGGUCAAAUUCAGUCGAAAGCUGGCUCCAGCGUAAUCGAGUUUGCCUUUCCGAAAGACGCAUUUCUGCUUAAACAACACAUCCUCUUUGACACCAUUCUGGCCCAAGUUCUUCCAACUUGCAUCGGUGGCACGAGCACGAGUGGCUCGGACAGCGAAUGCAUCCUUAUGGACACCGAAUCCUCCUUCUCAAUUCUUGAUUUUGUUGUAUUCAUCGAAAACUUUCUCACCAGUAGCCAUCCCGAGGUUACCAAGUCGGACGUUAUCGACAAAAUUUUGAGCAGGUUCCACGUAAUCUCCGCUCGCACCGCCACCGAGUGCAUUCUCGCCCUUUGUCGUCUUUGUGAUCUAAUGAAACACGUUAGGGCUUCCCUGCUGAUUCUGGACUCGCUGACUGCGUGUUUUGGUCUUGUCCCAAAAAAAGAGUUGGCAAUAACCCAGUCGGUGUUUUUCGACCUCUUGAAGCACACAAUCGAUCGGUUUUCCCUCCACUGCCUGACUUUUCACCAGUUACCUCCAUCGAUUCAGGACCCAGCACAAGAUACCUCACUCCCACCUUGUUACCAUCCAACGCAACGCGUACUCUUCUCAAAUACUGAGGCUCCACGCCAAGAACUACACGUCAGUGUAUUCGAAGAAGGAAAACAUCCCCUUACUUCAAGAUACAAAAGAUUUUCAAAGACCUGGUAG